UGAGAGUUUGUUGCGCACAUUUCUGUCAUAUUGUCCUGCAGCGAGGCUCAGGCUCAGACAGAAUGGAGUCAGCUGCAGCUAUUGCGACAUUUCAGUUUGGCUGGCCUCAAAUGCAUCACUUGUUUGCGCUACUUUGUCUCGUCGCCGUCGUCUAUAAACUAACGCCCUUGUUCGCCCAAAGAAGAUACGCGCUUCGGAACAUUGAAGCUUUUCCGGGUCCACCUGCGCACUUUCUUUUCGGACACGUGAAGGAGUUUAAACAACAAGGGAAAGACUUGGACAAGCUGGUGGAAUGGGGACGGCAGUACCCUUAUGCUUUCCCAGUGUGGUUUGGUCCAUUUAUUUGUUACCUCAACAUUCACCAUCCAGAUUAUGUGAAAACGCUAUUGACAUCAACAGAGCCAAAAGAUAGUUUUGUAUAUUAUUUUGUUGAAUCUUGGAUGGGGGAAGGUUUAUUAGUGUCAAAAGGUCAGAAGUGGUUCCGACACAGAAGGUUCUUGAAUCCAGGUUUCCAUUAUGAUGUUUUAAAACCAUAUGUAAAUCUGAUGUCAGACUCUACUAAAACUAUGCUGGACAAAUGGGAAAGAUAUGCAAACAGCAAUGAGUCCUUUGAAUUGUUUGAACACGUGAGCCUUAUGACACUGGACAGCAUUUUGAAGUGUGCCUUCAGCGACAACAGCAACUGUCAGACCGAGAGUGGAACAAAUGCAUACAUCAAAGCAGUGUAUGAGCUCAGUCACAUCAUUAACCUGCGGAUCCAGACUAUUCCAUACCACAAUGAUCUCAUUUUCUACCUCAGCCCACAUGGUUUCAGAUUUAGAAAAGCAUGCAGGGUGGCUCACAGACAUACAGAGGAAGUCAUAAGAAAGAGGAAAGAAGCACUAAAGGAGGAGAAUGAACUGGAUCGCAUAAAGACCAAGAGAUACUUGGACUUUCUGGACAUCCUUCUCUUUGCAAGAGAUGAAAACCAGCAGGGUCUGUCAGAUGAAGAUUUACGAGCCGAGGUGGACACCUUCAUGUUUGCGGGCCAUGACACCACAGCCAGUGGCUUGUCUUUCACCCUCUACUCUCUGGCCUGCCACCCAGAACACCAGAAGCUUUGCAGGGAAGAGAUCAUUAAAGCUCUGGAUGGAAAGGACACCACUGCGUGGGAAGAUCUCAAUAAACUUCCAUACACUACAAUGUGCAUCAAAGAAUCCCUCCGCCUUUACCCUCCUGUACCAGUUGUAUCCCGAACCACCACCAAACCCAUGACCUUUUUCGAUGGAAGGACUUUGCCAAAAGGUUGUAAUAUUGGAGCAAGCGUGUAUGGAAUUCACAGGAAUGCAGCUGUCUGGGAAAACCCUGAUGUCUUUGACCCACUGCGUUUUCUACCGGAGAAUGUCUCCAGGAGGUCCCCACAUUCAUUCGUGCCGUUCUCAGCGGGGCCAAGAAACUGCAUUGGUCAGAACUUUGCCAUGAAUGAGCUGAAAGUGGCGACGGCCCUGACACUGAAGAGAUACCAUCUGUUAGAGGACCCGACUCAGAAACCCAAGUUAAUACCUAGAGUGGUGCUUCGCUCACUCAAUGGCAUCUACAUCAAGAUCAAACCUGUAGACCCACAAGUGUAAAUGCUCAUUUCACAUACAUUACAUUACAUUACAUUACAGUCAUUUAGCAGACGCUUUUAUCCAAAGCGACUUACAGGAAGUGUAUUCAACAUAGGUAUUCAUAUUUUACUAAAUCUUAACACUAAUAUAAAAUCACUAACGGAUAUUAAUGAAGAGAGUAGUAGCUGCUCAUUUUUGGGGGAGAAAUUACUUGAUGAAAAUAAAGUUGUUUGUAUUUUAGAAUAAUCUUCUCACACUGGAACAGUUUUUAAAGAGAUAGUUUUGCACUUAAUAUGUGGGGGGGAUAAGAACAUUUGUGCACCAAAUCAGUCUGAAAUAAUUUCUUUAUUUGUACCGGUAAAUGCACUAUCCACCAUGAUAUAUUUUGUGGGUCUGUUUUUGUAAUGGUUGAUUGUUAGGACCAGAUCAAAGCACCAAAAGGUUUAGCUGAGCAUUUUCUCGUGUUCAUAAAAAAGUAGCACAAACUUUCACCAUACUGAUCGAAUGAAUAAAGUUCAGUUUUUUAUUUGGAUGAACUGUCCUUAAAACAAA